UAAAAUAAACAUUAAUAAUAUAGACAUUAUUCGACAAGAAAAACCUUCACGAUUUGAGUAUUUUCAAGGUUUAAAUAUACUUUUAAAGUAUCCAAAUUCAUCAUUCAUAAUAUUCACAAAUUUGAAAUAAAUAACGUUUAAAAUAUUUUUGAAAAUUUCACCCAAUUCGGUUCUGUUUAUUGUUUUUCUAUGAAAAAGUGAGAGAAUUAAUACCUAAUCAUGAAUGUCGCGGAUGUGGACCAAGGAGUCAUAAUUAAAUCCAAGAGACCAUCAGACUCGAAUUUUAAGCAACAAAGAUUACCUUCAUGGCAACCAAUACUUACUGCUGGAACUGUUUUACCAACAUUCUUCAUAAUUGGAAUCGCAUUCAUACCUGUUGGAAUUGUUUUGCUAUAUUUCUCAAAUAGUGUUCAAGAACAUGUUAUCAACUAUACGCACUGUAAUAGGACUCAGGGUGACAUGACUUGUGCGAGAUUUCUUCAGGAAAAUCCAAACACCUCUGAACGUUGUGUCUGUGAAAUUGGAUUCAACCUAAAUGUUGACUUUAAGAGAAAUGUCUUUAUGUAUUAUGGAUUAACAAACUACUAUCAGAAUCAUCGACGAUACGUCAAGUCUCGUGAUGACAAUCAGCUUUUAGGUGAAUUUGGUGGCGAACCAACUGAUUGCGCACCAUUUGACAGAGAUAUAAAUGGCAAUACUAUCGUUCCCUGUGGUGCAAUUGCUAAUUCACUGUUUAAUGAUACUCUAUCACUCAAAUCAGAUUCAUUUGGUCCAGUCUUGCAUAAUAAUACUGGAAUUGCAUGGCCAAGUGACAAACAAAUAAAGUUCAGAAAUCCACCAAAUUGGAGGGAUGCACUUAAAAACAAAGGACGACCAAUUGCAUGGAGAAAGAAUUUAUGGGAACUAGAUCCAUUGAAUGAGAAUAAUAAUGGGCUACAAAAUGAAGACUUGAUUGUUUGGAUGCGUACUGCUGCUUUGCCAAGCUUCAGAAAGUUAUAUCGUCGAGUGUUUCAUGAAGGAAGUUAUUCUAAUGGACUUCCAAGGGGACGAUAUGUGCUAAAUGUUGAGUACAACUACCCCGUAACCCAGUUUGAUGGCACGAAAUUAUUCAUUCUUUCAAACACUUCGUUUUUGGGUGGAAAGAACUCUUUCUUAGGAUAUGCUUACAUUGCAGUCGGUAGCAUUUGUGUCAUACUAGGCAUUGUGCUGCUUAUUGUUCAUCUUAAGUAUCGAAGAAAAAUCAAUUUCAUUUUCUAUUAUAGUCAUGCACAUUCUUCAACAACAUCAAAUACAAACCCUAGAACUCCAUAUACCUAAACUAUUAUUCAGGAAUGAAGUGGAAAUAAUAAAAUAGAACAAGUCAUUAUUUACUACCACUGCAAAGUAACAACAACACAUUAAAAAUGUUAUGUCAUAGUAGACAAAUGGUUCCUAUACUUCUCCUUUUUUAUUUCUUACUUAUUUAUCAACACAUCAUUCAGAAUGAAAUUCAAUGCCAAAAAAGUUUUGCAGCAUAAAAAAGAAAAUGUCUUUUUUCG